AUGCCAGUCGAUGAAUUACCUAUGUAUCCGACGCCCCAGCAAGCGGCUUAUACUGUUGGGAAUCAGUCGCAGGGUAGUUCGAGAAAGCAAUCACAUCCAAAACAAUCAAACGUCGUAUAUAGGCCGGCCCAGCAUCUGAAGCCAGUUCCAUCUCAAUAUUCACAUUUGCAACCCCAUAAUACUCAGGCAUACCAGGCACAACCACCAGCAGAUUAUCAAGGACAAUAUCAGACGCCAUCGCAACCUCCACCACCACCUCAAGCACAGCAAUAUCCGCAAUAUCAACCUCAGCCAGCGCAACAGCAAUAUUAUCAACCCCAACCUGUUCCUGUGCCUGUGCAGCCUAGCUAUGGGACAUAUGGAGCUAAUGAAUACGCGAAUUCGCCAGUGAAUCUGCAUCAUCCACAACCUCAAUCUCAAUCUCAACCUCAACCCCAACGUCAACCUCCCCAGCAGGCCUAUCAAGUCCCCCCACAACAACAUCAGCCAUAUCAACCUUCUCAGCCACCUCAACAUCCACAACAGAGAUAUCAAAACUUCAAUAAUGCUCCUCCAGUAGUGAGUAACCUGCAUCAAAACCCGCACAAGAAACCACCACCAUCCAAUGCAACACCUGCUGGGUCUAAAGAGUCAUUGCUGAUGCCUAAUUCGACACCGCCAAAACAACAUGUAUCCUCCAAACAGAAAUUGGAAAAUGAAUUGAAAUCCGUGUUUAACAAGGUGGAUACUAAUCAUUCAGGAAAAAUAUCGUCAAAGGAAUUAUCAUUAGCUUUACUUAACUUUGAUCAUACAAGGUUCCAAGAUUCUACAAUCUCAUUAAUGAUCAAGUUAUUCAGUGGUUCUAAUGGUUCAAGCUCUGGAAGCCUGAAAUCUUUGACAUUUGAACAGUUUGUUUCCUUAUGGAAAUAUUUGUCUGCUUACAAAAAAUUAUUUAUAGCUGCUGACUCCAAUAAGUCAGGGGAUAUAUCAUUUGGAGAAUUUCAAAAAGUCUUAGAGCAGAUUGGCUAUAAAUUAAAUAUAGAUUUAGUCUUGCAUCUAUUCCAAAAGUUUGCACAAAAAGCUAGAGAUGAUGGAUAUGAUGAUGGAUCUGUUGGCAAACUUAAAUUCGACGCUUUUAUUGAAUUAUUAGUCUAUUUAAGGAAAUUAACAGAUAUCUUCAAAAAAUAUGAUAAAGACUUAUCGGGUGUUGCAACAAUUAACUUCCUGGACUUUUUAUUCGAAGUUAGUAACCUAUCUUAA